UUUCAUUACUCCAUCGCCAUUUCAAAUACACAAGAAGAACAAACACCAAGCAUUUUCACACAAUUUUGUUUUUUUUUUCCUUCUCAUUUGAUUUGUUUUUAUAAGAAUGGAAAGAAACAUGCAUAAGCAAGUGGCAAUCAUGAAAAAGGCACUCUUUGAUAAGGGAUAUCUGGACGAACAAUUCAUGGAAUUGGAGGAACUCCAAGAUGAUGCAAACCCUAAUUUUGUUGAAGAAGUUGCUACAUUGUACUUCAAAGAUUCAUCUCGAUUAAUCAACAACAUUGAGCAGAAUCUGGAAAGAAGUCCUCUUGAUUUCAAUAGGCUUGACGCUCACAUGCACCAAUUCAAGGGCAGUAGCACGAGCAUUGGAGCGAGCAAGGUGAAAGCUGAGUGCACUACGUUCAGGGAGUACUGCAGAGCCGGAAACGCGGAAGGAUGCUUGAGGAGUUUCCAGCAACUGAAGAAAGAACACGCAACUCUGAAAAAGAAGCUUGAAAGUUAUUUUCAGUUGGCGAGGCAAGUUGGGCCAAGGGAGACUGCAUGUAGGCCUAAGUAACGAGAUGUAUUAGGCUUCGUCGGUGAUUAUAUAUAUAUAUAUAUAUAUAUAUAUAAACCCAUGAAUAUGUUGUAUUUUCCUCUAAUUAAUUUUCAUAUCCAUCUAUAUGUAUUGAUAUUAUAUAUAUGUUAGUAGACAGUCCAAUUUUCUGUUAACCUUUAU